AUGGCACCUUAUGAAGCACUUUAUGGUAGGAAGUGUAGGUCUCCUUUGUAUUGGGAUGAGGUGGGGGAAAGACAAGUUUUGGGUCCAGAAAUCAUACAGAAGACAACAGAGAAGAUUGAGACCAUUCGGGCUAGAAUGAGAGCAGCUCGGAGUCGACAGAAAAGCUAUGCAGAUAAUCGUCGUCGCCAAUUAGAGUUUAAGGCCGGGAAUAAGGUAUUCUUGAGGGUUGCACCCAUGAGAGGGGUUAUGAGGUUUGGAAAGAAGGGCAAGCUGAGCCCUAGAUAUGUCGGGCCUUUUGAGAUUCUUGACCAGAUUGGACCAGUGGCUUACAGAGUAGCCCUACCACCAGCACUCUUAAGGGUGCACGACGUGUUUCAUGUAUCUAUGCUGAGGAAGUAUGUACCUGACCCCACCCACGUUAUCGAUUUCGAACCUCUUCAACUUCAAGAAAAUCUGACUUAUACAGAAGAGCCGAUGCAGAUUAUAGAGAGAAAAGAACAAGUGUUACGGAAGCGGACUAUUCCAUUGGUUAAAGUGGUAUGGAAUAAUCAUGCUAUCAGUGAAGCCUCUUGGGAAUUAGAAGAAGAAAUGCAAGUCAAGUACCCACAGUUGUUCGUCAGUGAUCUUGAUAACUUGUGA